GAAACUAGUUACUAUGCUUGUGUUAUAAAAUAUAAAUAUAAUUAGGUAUUAGAAAUACAAUAUUGAAUAUUUUGUAAGCAUUGUGGGACUAAUGGGAAUUAUAAACAUUUUAUUAUUAAUCAAAUAAAUAUCACAUUUUAUUGAUCUCUGGUAAAAUUUGUACAUGAAUAUGGACCAGGACGUCGCUAAAAAGCUUCUCCUUGAAGGGGGAACGUUUGUAUUUCUCGGAGUACCUGAGGAGACGCAAUUUGGUAUCGAUAUGCAAUGUUGGAAUACAGAGGAAGAUUUCCGAGGAAUAAAGAUGAUUCCGCCGGGUCUUCAUUAUGUACAUUAUUCUGCUGUGAGUAAAGGAACCGGCGAUGUAUCACCAAGGUCGGGAUUUAUGCAUCACUUUAAAAAAAAAGAAUUUCUUGUUAAAAUGUGGGACAAGAAUUUGGAAGACAUAAGUAAAGAUGAAAUCAGUGAUGAAAGCAUCCAACGUCUUAAAGACAACUUGCUUAAUUUGGACAGGCAUUUGGCACCAUAUCCAUAUGAGAUAUGGCAGAAAUGGCAACUUCUAACUUCACAAAUCACAGCUGCAUUAGCAAAGAAACUGUCACCAGAGAGUGGAAUUAUUAGAUCAUCUGUGGAACUGCUCUCAAUGAGUGAUGAGGAGAGGCCAAAAGGAGUAAAAUUGACUGAACCAAAAGAACCAGAUACUAGUAAAGAAAACAGUGAUGAUUCUUCUGCAGGCCAGUCUGAUGCUAAGAGAGUCAAAAGAAUAACACAAGAAGAAAAAGAGGAAUUAAUGCUUCCCAAUUUAAAACCUGCCCCUGGGGCUUCAAUGCGGUUUACAGAAAUACCUCGAGACAAGUAUCCCCCAGGGGCAACUCCAGAAGAAAUUACCAAGCACUAUUUAGAUCAGUCGUAUGCCUUGGAGCUAAUGAUUGCACAGCAUGAUGAGCCGCUUCACAUCAUUGGUGAAUUACAAUUUUCGUUCUUAUGUUUCUUAAUUGGACAUUCCUUGGAUGCUUUAAACCACUGGAAGAAUCUGGUCAUUUUGAUAUGCUCCUGUGAUGAAGCCAUCCACAAAUACAGGAGUUUAUUCUUUCAUUUCAUUAGAACCAUUGAAGUACAGAUAGAAGAAAUGCCAGAAGAAUUCCUAGCUGACAUUGUAAUGAAUAAGAAUUUAGUUUAUAAAAAACUACGGGAAUUUUUCCGGACAGCAUACAUCAGCAAAGUUGAUAGGAGACUGUUAACAAUGAUUGAGAGAUUGAAGGAAAACUUAACUGAUAAGUUACAAUGGGAUUUCACAGGUUUGGACACAGAUGAUGAAGAUGAAAGACCUGUCAUAGUCAAAUUAAAUGAAGCUACUGAAUAAGUUUAAAUUUUAGUUUAUAAUGGCAAUGGCGAUAGGCAGGAAACAUAAUUUGAAAACCAGAUAAGUUGAGGUCUAAAGGUGCUAACAUGGCGACUUGGAAGGUCCGUAGCUACUAAGUAAGCCGGUGCUGACACUGAGCCGGUCUAAGGGUGAGAUCUAUAGAGCGCGCUCUGCCUUUGCUUAGACUUAAGACAGAGUUAAAACGAGACAGAGCUAUAUCUCUCACAUAAAUCUGUCUCGUUUUAACUCAAUCUUAAGUCAGAGCAAAGUCAAAGUGCGCUUUAUAGAUUUCAGCCUAAAUCUCUGUCAUCUGAAUAAAUUGAAGCACUGUAAAGCAAUCACAUAUGGAUAAACGACCUCGCGCGGAAUGCGCGGCGUUGGCAGUAUUUUUUUUUAAGUACCAUACCUAGUACUUAUGGUAAUACUGUAAUCAUAUCCACAUCUGUAUAGCAUAGCAUUUGCUAAGAUUACAUAUUGUGUACUGUGUACAACAGCUGUAGAUUUAAAUUGACUACUUUCAAAUGGAAUUUUAUGCAAAUAAAUUUUACUUUUA